GCUGGAUAACGGAACAGUAUUAUUGUGCAACGUUUCACUUUAUACAGUACUGCUCUUUGAGUCAUAGGAGUACGAAGUACACCUCAUAUGCGUGUGUGUGUGUGUGUGUGAUUCAUACAUAAAAUGCUGCUUUUUCUGGUGGCUUUUUUUUUUGACCACCAUGCAGAGAAUGGCCCAGGUAAUAAAAGAGGAAACUACCAUGACCUAUUGCUGACCAAAAAAACUGCCGUGAAUGAAAAAGAAGAAAAAGAAGAAAAAAGAGUCAUUUCUGCCAGAUGGAUGGCGACGAAAGGGAAAUAAGGGGGAACACAGCACUCGGCGCAUUAUUCUUUGCAGAGUUGAUGAAUUGGGAAGAUUUUUAAUUAAAUAAACUCGGCAAAUUGGAAUCACGGAUAAAAUGCGCGUAAAAUUUGGUCACUAUUAAUGUUGAUGGAACAGUUUUGCAUUCGUCAUAUUAAAGGGAGGAAGACGGAAGGAUAAUAAAGAAUACCGCCGUCCGUUCCUGAAUGUGCUGUACGUCUAUAUUUGAAUGAUCUUCUCGACGAUGAUGGAGGACAACCGUGCGGUCGGCCGCACUACUGCCCGUCACCAUCAGCUGCAGCACCAGACUUGCGGUAGCAGUAUCGCAGCAUCAUCAUUGCAGCCGUGCUGUCGUGGUUCUGCUGCUUGGCUGCUGCUGUGCUGCUUGUGCGUGUGUUUCUUCUCGUCGUCCGUGAUGUCCGCGCCACAGCACCAACAGCAGCAGACGCGUGAGGCGGGAGAAUCAUCUUCGCAGCAGCAGUUAUUGACGAGCAGCAGCAGCAUCAGGUCCGAACAACACCAACAACCACAACAACAACAAGACCUUAUGGACUCGGCUGGCAAUAAACUAUCCCUGCCCAAGCCCGUCGUGCCCACUCGCAACGGCUGCGCCUGUGCCCGCAUCUUUUAUCCCGACAAGUACCUGCGCCUGGAGCGCAAGAUCUUCGCCGACUGCAUGUCCAGCAUGGGCCUGAACGAGCUGCAAUCCGAGUUCCUGUCCCUGGUGGACGAGAUCGACGUCGUCGUGCAGACCAUGGACAUGCCGGACAACAUGACCCGUCGCGACGACCUGCGCUGCUUCCUGGACACCAACCGGGUCCACUUCCGAGAGACGGCCAUCAACAAGUUGCUGGCAGCCCAGGGCACGGACACGCAGGAGCAGCUCUGGCGCUGCUGGGGCCUCACGGCAGAACUGCUCGACUCCAACGACACGCUCAUGCCAGAGACACUGGUGUUUGACAUCAAAGAGUCGCAGGGCCCGUCGACGCUGAAGGCGCAGCUGAUGGACGAUGCCCGACGCUGCGGCUGCAAGUACUACAAGCCCAACACGAGCACGUCGUCCGUCACCAAGUUGCUGGGCGAGUACUUUCUCUGCGCCAUGGAGAAGUGCUUCAUUUGAAAGGACAUCACACUGCAUGCUGGUUCUUUUUUUUUUUCCAUUUCAAUUGACUCGCAUGUAUAUACGGCGAAGAUUGAGUGAUGUAUGUCUCAAUUGCAGUCUUAUUGACGAAUGCGGCUCGUUUGUUCGUACAGUACUGUAUUUGUCGUCGGUUGGAAUUAUUACUUUGCUAUUUAUACUAUACUAUAUCACAUAAUGACGAGUGUGAGAAUGAAGCAAUAAUAAUAUGGCACCAGCACUUUACUUCUUUCCGAU